AUGUAUAACUCUAAAUCUUCUAAACUUAACUACUAACCUAGGGAUACAGACAUUACAAAAUAUAAUUCCAAAAUAUUAUAUUAAAAUUAGGGAAGGAAAUAAGUCGAGCAAUAAAAUAACUAACAACUGGUUAACCAAAAUUAGGGAAUUAAGAUAGUCAGGACUAACUAAUCGAAAGAUACAUUUAGAACAUUAGAUCCUUAAAAAAUUGAAAAGGAACAACCAUUGUUCUAGCAUAAAAAGCAAGUUAAUGUAGACUAUCCUGCAUCUUCACAAAACAUUUUUGGGCAUUACUACAACUAAGAGAAUAAUAAUUAGUAAACAACUUUAAGGGCAAAUAGAUCUAGUACUGCUUUGAUUUCUAAUAAAAGCCCUAAUAGAUCUUAACCUUUAAAUUUAUUUGCUCCAGACACCAAUCCUCCAGUUUAUUCAACAUUGAAUGUAAACUCAACUUCUUUAAAGCCAGAACACUUCUAAAAAAGAUUGAUAAAAUAAAAUGAAUUUAAAAUGUAUGACUAUGGCUCUUCAGUUAAUCUUCCAAAUUAAUAAGUGAUUAGAGAGCCCUUACAUGAUGCUAGCUAAACUGAAAGAUAAAAAUUUAAUAAAGCUUCUACAAGAAAAUACUAACUAGAUGUCACUAGUUCAAUUGAUUGUUUACCUGGAGUUUUUUUCAAAUCUCCUUAACAAUUUAAACAGCCUCCUAAAAAAGAUGAAGCCUUUGCAAAGAGACUCUAAAUCACAAGUGUAGAAAAAGAUUUAAAAAAUGGAAAAAAGAUUGAAAAACCAAAAUAGAAUAUUAAAAAUCAAUAAUCUGGUGAAUAAGCUGAUUUUGAUACUACAUAUAGUACAAAGAGAGUUCAUGAAAAAUCAAGAGGAUAAUAAGAACAGCAAUUUGAGUUAAAAGAUAGCUAAGGACCUAUUAAAAAUCCUUCUAAUCAAUACUCAAUAAACAGAUUCAAAACAUAGGUAAGCUAAACAUCUUUUUCUAGCAGCACUAGAAUGAAUUUUUAUAAAACUAACUUUGUCUUAGGCUGA